AUGUCUAGCAUUUCAAAAAGAAAGAAGGAGUUCACCAAAACUAAAAUGAAGGGUAUGGGGAAUCACCAAGAGUUCUUGAAAAGGAUAUCAAAAACAUUAUACUAUGGACAGCUUCCCACUUUGCCCUGUUUGAGCCUGCCAGUUACUGAGAUAUCAUGUGAGGUUUGGUCAAUGGCACAACGUGGAAGAUCUAUACAACGGUUGCAUACUGACCAGGCUGCUACCAUAGCACGCUCAGCUUGUGUUUCUCCAUGUGCUCUUGUCUUGGCAAUUCUUUAUCUUGAACGACUUAAACGCUGUAAUCCAGAUUAUCUAACUACUACACCUCCGGUUGACCUUUUCCUGGUUUCAUUGAUGAUAAGCAACAAAUUUCUUCAAGAUGAUGGUGAAGAUGAUGAAGUGAUAGGAUCAGAAUGGGCUGCCUCAGGUGGGCUUGAGUUACCCCAGUUAAACAAGCUAGAGGCUGAUUUCUUAAAUGCUAUUGAAUGGAAUAUAUUUGUAAGUGAAAAAACAUUUGAAGCUGGGCUUUCAUGGCUAGAAAGACAAGUAGCUAUUAAACAGGCUCAAAUGAGAGGCUUUUUUACAUAUUCUGACCUCAUAAUAUCAUAUGACCCUACAUUGCUCAAAGAACUCUUAAAAUCUGUAUCUAGUGCCUGUUUUGCUCUAACAUUUGGUUAUGUGACAAGCUUUAUAACAUUGGUUACCUCUACUCUAGUAAUGUCAAGUGUGUGGGUUCCCGCUUUGGAAUAUAUCAUGAUGAGGGGAUGCCACUCCACAGUUAUUCAUACACAUGCAAUGUCAACUUCAAAGGAUUUGCAACAAGAACAGGCCAACACAAGUUUAUACAAUUCUGCAGACCUUACUUUGGAGUUCUCUGUUAAUUUAGAGAAUAUUAAAUGUUGUGAAAAUUGGCAGAGAUAUCAAGAUCACUCUGAAAACAGUCACAGAGCCAAAAAAUCAUGGUACAAUGGUGUUAUAGAGAAUGACUUAAAAUUAUUUCAGACAUGGUGGUCUAAAACAUCAGUUUUAAAUUGGCUUUAUCAAAGCUCUUUAAUAAAUCCUAUGCAGAGGUGGCUAGAUAAAGUCAAGGAAUAUGUGGAUUUCACCAGUGGACAAUUGAAAAACCAGAUAUCUAAUGGUCAAUGUCAUAGAGACAGAAGAGCACAUUGUCUGCAACAAAAGGUCAAUAUAAGUAAAUUGACUGUAUUUGCCGUGUCUAUGUCAGACCAGUAA